UUGGAAAAUAAGAUUAAAAAGUACCUUCCUUCAGGAAAAAACUCCUGAAUAUAGUAUAGUAUGGUUUUUACCAUUCAUUUUUAACGGUACAGUAAAACCAGUUCUCCUUUUGACAUUUGCGUCAAACUUCAUAUUUACAACACCCAAACACAAAACAGAGAUCAGAUGAAAAAAUUGCCAGUAAAAUGUAAGAUUGAAAUUCUUUUUUCCAUUUUUACAGCGGUAAUUUUUUUGAAACGGUCAGCGCGAAAGGUCAGUUAUGUCACUCCGUUGGGAGAAACUCCUCCAGAAACCAGCCCCGUAGAACUUUUCCCACAUUUCCUUCUCCAGCUCAAUCACAGCUUUGUCAGAUUCCAGAGAACUCGCCGCCGCCGCCGGCGUCGAUGCGGAGAGGUGAUAGAUUUGUAGCUCGGAUCCGUCGUUGAAGCUGAACUGCCUCUGCGGCCACCGAUCCGUACUCAGCAGCCUAGAGCGGCGCCGCCUAAUCCUUAGCGCCUUGCGGCAGAGCCCGGUGGGGACCUUGUACACCGCCAGCACCACGAGAUUCACCAGAAUGCAGGGGCAACAGCAGGAAACCGCCGCACAAUCCGCCGCCGUCUCACCGGCCACCUCCCCGAAACUCGGCCUCCUUUUAUGGCCGCCUCCCCGCACGGUGGAGGCGUCCGGAUCCACAGCCAGUAACGUCUGCUGCUUUUCCAGGAACGACGGCGAUAGAACGAUUUGUCUCGUCAUUAUAACCUUCUCUUCCCUUCCACCAGAUUUCCUCAAACAAACGGCUAAUUUCGAAUCAUUACAAUUUCAUGGCUCCCGCCGGAAUGAGUACGACGACGUCUCUCCCUCCUCUCUCCGCCGUGGAGGAGGGUUCCACGGCAAUCCGUUUUAGCAGAGACGAAAGCAAAAACUCAAUCAAAAUUGAAAAAAAAUUGUUACAGAUAAUAAAAACAGAAAAGAUCUUCCUGAAAUUGGCAGUUCUUCUGAAUAAAAUAUCUUCGUCCGGACGUAUUUUUCGAAUGCGAUUUUGAGAUCCUCUGUUUUUGAGAAUGAAUGAAUAGGAGAAGAAGAGGGAGAGGUAAUGAU